AUUCACAUUCACUUGUUAGGAAUUUCCAAUUUCUCCAGAAUCUUCUCUUUCCUCCGGCCACCAUGCUCUGCUCGGCUCGAACCGGAAAAUCCGGUUCGAAUUGGCUCGACCGGCUCCGGUCCAACAAGGGAAUCCCCACCGGCGACGACCUCGACCUCGACUCCUUCCUCCUCACCACCCAUUCCCAUUCCCCCCAGCCCCGCCCCAAUAAUCCGACCCGGACCCGCCCCUCCGAGAUCCACGACCCGCCAAUGAGCACGCUCCUCGCCGAGCUUUUCAACAUGGGCAACGCCACCCUAACCCAAACCUCGAAGAAAUGCCCCAGGAAGCAGACGAACCCUAAAUUCUUCCUCGCUUCUUCCUCCACCGACACCCGCAACGUCACCGCCGGCGGCGGCGCUGUCCCCUCCACCCUAAGCGAUGCGGCGGAGGCAGAAAGAGAAGAAGAAGAAACAGCCGUGGAUCGUGGGGAGGAAGAGGAGGAGAACGACAAUGACGGAAACGAGUUGAAGGGUUUCACGAGGAGUGAGGUGACGGUGAUUGACACGAGUUGUACCGGGUGGAAGGUGGACAAGUUCGUGUUCAAGAAGAACAACGUUUGGAAAGUCAGAGAGAGAAAACCGAAGACCAAGUAUUUUGCGAAGAAGAAGAAAAGUAACGGGACCCUUGAUAUCAAUGGAAUUGAAACUUCCAAGGACAAUGUAGUCAACGUGAUAGGAGAGAAGCCUGCUAAGACACACAAGGUGAUCUAACGCCUCAUCCCAAAACGAGGUCUUCCGAAAAAUCUGGAAAGAAAAACACAUCUGUCAUUUUAAUAAAAGCCAUUGCUUCAUAUAAAAGUGCAAAGGAACAAGAACAAAGUCUAACAAUAGCUAAGAGAGUCAGAAAAUAAUUGAAGUCUUUACAAGCCAUUUACUUGAAAUUUUAAGUUGGCUGCAGCAAGUUAUGAUGCAGGCUUCGCCUAGAUGCUGUAUGGCGGUGGCACUAUUGGUCUUCCAUUGGCAUUUAUCAAUUAAAAACAAUGUUUAUUCUUGAAAAGAGCUUAAUUUGAGUCACUUUUGGAAUUCUAAACAUGCAUUGUAGUGUCAAUAACAUUUACCUUUGUAAAUGUCUCUUCCAUUUUCCAUUAUUUGAAACAUUAUUUCUUCAAUAUAUUUGCAGCUUUAUGUUACUUCGUCAUUUUUUACUAGAAUUUUUUCUUGUGUCCGAUGGAACUCAUACUUUGGGAUAAUUCUUUUAAAGCUGAAUUGGUUUAAGUUCAGCUAAGCCAUUAAGAAGUGCUAGUGGGGAGUGCCAUUGUACAAAAAAAUUGGAUUAAGAUCAUCUUAUGUCACUAAAUAAUAUGAGAUUGUCACGUUAUGAGAUAAAAAAACAUAAAUAAUUAUAAUUGAAUUUACCAUUAUUCAUGUAGGCUCUAAAUUAAGGGG